AUGGUGCUGAUAGAAGAGGCUGAGCAGCUCGAUGAAAGAGAUGCAGGCGAAGCUGAUGCAGCAGCUGCCCCAGAGCACUAUGAGCAUGAUGCUCCUGUAGAAGAACUUGAAGGAGUCGAGGGCGAAGAAUCUGUGGGCGACGAUGCAGAUGCAGCGGAUGAGCAAAGUGACGACCGACCUGAAGCCGAAUCUUCACUUCCAGAACUUGAGAAGCAAGACGAGAGCGAAGAGAAAUCUCCUGUCUUUGGAAGUGGGCUGGACCUCCUUUCCGGAUCUGAAGGAGCCGAGCUUCAGGAGGCAGAGGCGCCCAAGGAGGCCAAGGCCCACAGUGACAUGCUGCGUGAAGCCCUGGAAUACCUAGCUCAAGCCCAGCGCUCUUUGUGCAAUCUCGGGGCUGAGGUUAGCGCGGAAAGCCUUGAGCGAUUGUACGCAGCGAAGCGUUUGCUGCGAGAGGACUUGGAGAUCGCAUCGACAUGCACUGUCGAUGGGCGCUUGCAGGCCUUGCUGAAGCAACACUCAGAGGCUUUGGAGGAGAGCAGAUGUGCAGAGGAGAAGUGCCAGGCUGAAAAGCCUGAGCUCCUCAUGCUACAAAGAAGCAUUGCGGAGAUCCACCGCCGGAUGCACUCACCGAAGCCGAGCAAGUCAGCACGGGAGGAUGUGGACGGAACUUCCCCUAGGUCGACUCGGCUGCAGGCACUGGAGGAGGCGGUGGAGAAACGCUCGACACACGCGGAAGUAGCAAAGGAAAAGCUCUUGUCAGAGGAUGCCCUGCUUUCGGCCAAUCUGAAUGUUGCAAAGAAUGUGCUCAAAGAGGCUGUCCUCGAAGGUCAACGCUUGGAAGAGAUGAGGGAUGAAGCAGCAGCAGAAGUCUUUCGAGCUUGCCGAGCGCUUGCACAACUGUCGCACUUAGAACUGCUUGGCAAGCAGCAACCGAAGAGGUAUCAGAAGGUGAAAGAACUCGACAACUUCCUUGCAACCAGUGCUGCAGCACCCUGGCGCCUCAGUGCCCUACACCAGCCUCCUCAGACGGGAUCCGUAGGAACCACUUCAGCCACCGCUGCGCUGCUGGAUCCCGAAGCCUACAGACUGAAUCGCGACAGUGCAACUGCUCAGGCAGACAAAGAUCUGGAGACGACCCUGGAGUUGUACGCUUCCACUCGCGAGGAGCUCAAACGCGCCAUUCAAGACGAGGUGCAGCGCCAGAAGGAGGAGGAGCAGACCUUCGCGGCGGAGCUGCAGAGUCUGAAAGAGCGCCUGCAGCAACGACGUCAUGGUGUUGACACUGCCUUAGCGUCGCGGAUCGCAGAGAAGGAUCGCCAGUUACAGGAGGCCCACAGGCAGCUGACCGUGGAGCUGCGACAGAUUGAGACACAGGAACGCAGCAACCAGGAUGCCCUGAGACAGGAAGUCAUCAAAGCGAGGAAGCGAUGGGAGCAGGCAUCUGCUGCAGCAAAACAACGGCUUGAUCUCCAUUUGGCUAGGGUCAAGGCUGAUUGUCGAGAAAUGCUCCGUGGAACUGCCAUCCAGUGGGAGAAAGCUGUGUUGCAAGAGCGCAAGGCAUUGAAGGAAGCCAAGGAGAGGCGCGAGAAGUGGCAAAAGCGAGUGGACUAUUCGAGGAAUGCCUUUCGUGGCCACUGUGUGAAGACAGGAGUCUAUGCUCGAAGCAUGGACGCCAGCCGUCGAGCCAUCCUGGACAGCAUAGUCCCACGGGCCAAGGUGGGCGACCUGACAAGUUAG